UCGGAGUUCGAAUUCAUUAUUCUCGCAUUUCACUUCCAACUCCCAAGCACCAAAAUUUACGUUCACGGAUGCCAACCAACUGACUGAAGUACAGUGAUAGUGAGAAGACUGCACUACUAGACGCCAAGGACCCGUGGAGAUGGAGGAUGGAGAGGUGAGCGGUACAAAUCACACUCAUGCAGAAAUAGGCUACGAUCCUGCAUACGAAUGGCCUGGCGAUACAGAAGUCUCACAGCCUACUACGGUCCUGAAUGAAUCUCUUUCAUCAACUUUCAAGCCAUGGUCCCUGCUUCGCUUGCUUGUGCAAACUAGCUCCGUCCUUCCAAGGGUCCAGUGUCUAGCAAUGCUUGAUGAGCACAAAGAAGUGCAGUUUGGGAGAGACGUUGCGCCAGCCGGAAGCAGAACUCCUCGUGUGAGGCUGAAGGAAAUGGCGGUUUCUAAAGUGCAUGCGACAAUGUUUUGGGACACGGAAAGGCGAGAGUGGGCAGUCGUGGAUAUGGGUUCCAAGCACGGGUCGUUCUUGCGUUCUGGUGGGUAUGUUGGUCCGACCGUGAACGUGGUAGAAGAUUCGGGGGUCAGGCUUUCCCCGCCACGAGUGGCCAGCUUUCCGCGCGCAUUGAAGCACAAAGAUACAUUGACAAUCGGAAGCACCACAUUUGUGGUGCAUAUCCAUGCGGACCGCAUGUCAUGUGAAGGAUGCGCGUCAAGUGGGAGUGGCGAGAAUAUUAUUCCGCUUUUUCCUGCUUCGAAAGGCGUUAAGCGGGCAAGGGAGGAAGUCAAUCCUAUACCUGCGGAGGGGAGGGAUGCAAAGAAAGCUCUGACCAUGCUGAAACGGACGUUGCUAUCUCGUCACGAUACAGCGAGGUCACCGGCAUCCAGCCAGUCUUCGAGCUAUGUGGAUCGCUCCGCAAAGAGACGAGCACUAUUCCCCAAUUCACCGCUCGAUACUCCAGGUGCACCCAGUCCUAGAAGCGACUCGCCAUCCGUUGCUUCUUCUGGUUCCACCCCCAUACCUGAAAGCCCUGCACCGCCCCAGCCGCUUCCGGAAUCGAACAUUGGCCGGCAGCUGCUAAUGAAGCAGGGUUGGCAGCCAGGAAUGGCUUUAGGCUCAGGGGAAAACGCAUCAGGGUUGAUCGAACCGUUGGAAGUCAACGUGACUUUGCACAGGACGGGCCUAGGCAUGCUUGAGAAGGCGCCUACUCCUUCCAGCGGCGACUGGAGAGAGAGCGGGAAGCAAAGGCGGUGGGCGGACAUGAUAGAUAAGAAAUGAACGGUGAAUUGGAAGCACAUUUUAAUUUGGUUUGACCUCAACCGAUUUGUGCUCACGUGCCAAACACGAAUCUUACGGGUUUGGAAGGCUCCCGAGAUCAGGCGCUCAUAACUACGGCGUCCCCACACGAUAACAGCCACGCUGGCAUUGCACCGCUUAUAUUGACAUAUCACGGAAGCCGAUGCGCUCAUGUAAAGGGCUAGAUCGAAAUUGGGCCUUCUUUGUCUGAUGGAAAUGGGAAAAGCGCGAGAAUGGCAUUAUAUUUGAUGAGUAUGUACGUUUGUAUUAUUUUUGUGUGUAAAUUUUGGUACGUACAAAGGAAUUUGGUGUGAAA